AACAAUAAUAAUUGAAUCUUCGUUAUCUCAGUAGCGUUCAUCGUUUGCAUUUCAAACCCUAUAAAGAGAAAAAGGAAAUCCCCAAAACCCCCUACAAAAAUUGGGUUUUGGUAAAAGAAAGAAGGAUCAGACAUGUCGAAACGCAAAUUCGGAUUCGAAGGGUUUGGGAUUAACCGUCAAUCAACCUACAACUUUGAGCGAUCCCAAGCUCCUCAACGUCUAUACGUCCCUCCUUCCUCUCGUCAUUCCCACGACAACUACGACGAUAACGACCUUGACGACAUCGAUUAUGCCGAUAACAAUGAUACUUCCAACGACGCCAACACCAAUGACCCCACCAGCAAUGGCAACGGAGGGGAAGAUGACGAAAUCGACCCUCUCGACGCCUUCAUGCAAGGUAUUGAGGAGGAUUUGAAAGCGAAGCCGCCUCCGAAGCCCAAGGAGAAGGCGGAGAGGUAUAAAGAGGAUGAAGAUGAGGAUGAUCCGGUGGAGAGUUUUUUGAGGUCGAAGAAGGAUGUUGGGCUGACCUUGGCGGCGGAUGCUUUGCGUGCUGGGUAUGAUUCUGAUGAGGAGGUUUAUGCCGCUGCCAAGGCUGUAGAUGCGGGGUUGUUGGAGUAUGAUUCUGAUGAUAAUCCCGUGGUUGUAGACAAGAAGAAGAUUGAGCCGAUUCCGGCCCUUGAUCACAGUUCGAUUGAGUAUGAGCCGUUUAAUAAAGAUUUUUAUGAGGAGAAGGCUUCAAUUUCAGGAAUGAGUGAGCAGGAAGUUGCUGAAUACCGAAAGAGUUUGGCUAUCCGCGUUUCUGGUUUUGAUGUCCCAAGACCUGUAAAGACAUUUGAAGACUGUGGUUUUGCACCAGAGCUAAUGCGAGCUAUUGCAAAACAAGGGUAUGAAAAGCCAACAACUAUUCAGUGCCAAGCCUUACCUAUUGUCCUCUCUGGGAGGGAUGUUAUUGGUAUAGCAAAAACUGGUUCUGGUAAAACUGCUUCCUUUGUGCUUCCUAUGAUUGUACACAUCAUGGAUCAGCCUGAACUUCAGAAGGAGGAGGGUCCAAUUGGAGUGAUAUGUGCACCUACCCGAGAACUAGCACACCAAAUCUUCUUGGAAGCAAAGAAAUUUGCAAAAGCCUAUGGGAUACGUGCCUCUGCUGUGUAUGGUGGAAUGUCCAAACUUGAUCAGUUCAAGGAACUUAAGGCAGGAUGUGAGAUAGUCGUUGCUACACCGGGUCGAUUGAUAGACAUGCUAAAAAUGAAGGCACUGACAAUGACAAGAGCAACUUAUUUGGUACUUGAUGAGGCUGAUCGAAUGUUUGACCUUGGGUUUGAGCCUCAAAUAAGGUCCAUUGUUGGCCAAAUCAGACCUGACCGACAGACAUUACUAUUUUCAGCAACAAUGCCCCGCAAAGUUGAAAAGUUAGCAAGGGAAAUUCUCAGUGACCCAGUCAGAGUUACAGUUGGAGAAGUGGGAACAGCUAACGAGGAUAUUACUCAGCAUGUUCAUGUAAUUCCUUCCGACUCUGAGAAGUUACCCUGGCUUCUUGAGAAGCUACCUGGAAUGAUUGAUGAGGGUGAUGUUUUGGUGUUUGCUUCCAAGAAAGCUACUGUUGAUGAGAUUGAGUCUCAGCUCUCUGGUAAGGGUUUUAAGGUUGCUGCCCUUCAUGGUGAUAAAGAUCAGGCUUCUCGAAUGGAAAUUCUACAAAAGUUUAAAUCUGGCAUCUACCAUGUUCUCAUCGCAACUGAUGUUGCUGCUCGUGGUCUUGACAUCAAGUCAAUUAAGUCAGUUGUGAACUAUGAUAUUGCAAAGGACAUGGACAUGCAUGUGCACCGUAUUGGUAGAACAGGUCGUGCUGGUGACAAAGAUGGUAUUGCGUAUACUCUGAUAACUCAAAAGGAGGCUCGGUUUGCUGGUGAAUUGGUAAAUAGUUUAAUUGCUGCUGGGCAGAAUGUUUCCAUGGAACUGAUGGAUCUUGCUAUGAAGGACGGGAGAUUUAGGUCCAAGCGUAAUGCAAGAAAAGGAGGUGGGAAGAAAGGCAGAGGAAGGGGCGGCUGCAGGAGUGGUCGAGGUGUGCGUGGAGUUGAUUAUGGCAUGGGUAUUGGAUAUAAUCCAGAAUCCGGUAAUGCUUCAUCUCAGGCUGUUCAAAGUCGAAAUGCUGCGGUAAAUUCUCUCAAAACUGGCAUGAUGGCACAAAUGAAGAGUAACUUUGUUGCUGCUUCAUCAAACUCUCAAAGUCAAGGCUUCAAUAACAGUUCAAGUAUCAGGAGACCAACUCUGUCUGGAUUUGUAUCUGGCGGUACCAUUGGUGGAGAUAUAAAUAGGUCUCAGAUGGCCACUUCAUUCAACACUGCUCCUACAUCAGGAUUGAACACUUCACAAAAUACUGGACAAAACGCUACCCAGAGUAGCUCAGAGAGGUCUAGAGAUGGACCAAGAGAAAGGCGAAGGCCCUCUGGGUGGGACCGUUAAUUUCCACAUGGUGAUCAAUAAUUCUGUUUACAUAAACGGGAAAUUUUGUCUGUUCAAAUAUUGAAUGAACCUUAUCUGUAUCAUUAUCAUGCUUAGUAAGUCUUCUUUCUUCUUUUUGUUCAAUUAUAGGUCCCGUCUGUUUUUCAUAUUUUGGUUCUAGAAUUUUAUUUUCUGCAUAUUUAUAUAUUCUCUAACUUUCCCUCCCCAUCUGUUAUUAUUCGAGUACCUUUAGUUAGUUGAUAAUAAUUUCAAGUAAUUACAGUGUAAUCUUUUGGAAGAAUAGGUCCGCUGUCAUCUUUCAAUGGCACUAAAAUGCGUAGCCAUUCCUUCUUUCUUAUUGGAUCCCUCUACCUCAAAAUCUGUCGCCUUUUGCCUUGGACUUGCAUUGUUAACUACAAUGUCAUUCUUGAUAGCAAACACAGAGUUAUUGAUGCUAUCUCCAUGGGCGAUGCUAAUUAGCUGAGCGUAGAAAGAUGCGUUGAAAGGAGCCGCAUUAAAUGGCGAAUGCUAGAGAUGGAUUCAUUGCUUAGCAAGAUGAUGACUAAGAGUUUGACCAUUGGUGUCGACAUGGUCCACUCUUAGAGGAAAAAUUGAUUUAGAAACUCAAAUAACGAAGGACAUUAACCCAAAAAAGUAAUGCAUUUUUUAAUGUGCUUAAUCCCAUAGAUUUAGGGUUAAAAUUUCUUGUUAUUGCUAUUGUUCUUAUUAUAUCUAGCCGCUUCCUUUAACAUAA